CUCACGUAAACGUGGAUUUUUACAAGAGAAAAUAAAGACGCUUUCUGGAAGUAAAAAUCAAAAAUACGUGACUUAGCGAUGUGUGAUACAUUUCUUUAAAACGACCUAGACUCCGAGCAGAAUUUUGCCUUUAAGGUGAUUUUUAAUUUUUAUGGUUGUUAUUAUCUGGAGUUGAUUCGCAUCAUGUCCAAAACCUCAGAUCAGUUUGACAUCUCAGAUUGCGUGUGCUCAUUUGGGAUGAAGCUUACUUGGGAUAUAAACGAUCCCAAGCUUCCACAGGACACCAAGCAGUAUGAUGCGUUCCAGGAGUGGACGGAUGGAUAUGUACGUUAUAUCUACAGCAGUGAAGAUAAGAAUGCACAAAGACAUCUGAGCGGAUGGGCCAUGAGAAACACCAACAACCAUAAUUGUCAGAUCUUGAAGAAGUCCUGUCUUGGUGUGGUGGUGUGUUCACGAAACUGCUCUCUCCCAGACGGGUCCAAACUUCAGCUGAGACCGGCCAUCUGUGACAAAGCACGACAGAAACAACAAAAAAAGCUUUGUCCAAACUGUAACUCAGCUCUCGAGUUGAUUCCAUGCCGAGGUCACAGUGGCUAUCCAGUAACCAAUUUUUGGAGAGUAGAUGGGAAGGCAGUUUUUUUCCAGGCUAAAGGAGUACAUGACCACCCCAGACCAGAGAGUAAGUCUGAAACAGAAGCAAGAAGGAGUGCAGUGAAGAGACGGAUGUCUUCACCUCACUUUUCACAGAAAAGAAGACUUGUGGAGCAAGAGCCUGGAUGUUACCAUGACAUGGCCUUUCCAAAUAUCCACCAGCUCACCAUGGAGGGCCCAGAGCGCUUCAGCAUCAUUGCAGAGUCCAACUUCCCAAUACAGACCCAACACUAUCCUCCUUUCCAGAACACAGAGCCCUACAAGUUCUCUUAUGACACACACACAACAGCACCCAUGGCAGAUGCUCCAAGCUCACUGCAGAAGCCUGCCAACCACCGUCUGUAUAUGACCUGCACUCCUUGUGGGUAUGACUUUGCAGUCCCUGGAUACCUUGGCUCAGGGCCUUAUCCAACAGCACUGUAUAAGGAUCCUUCUAGCCAACAAACUGAGACAGAACCCAGUAAGUGCGGGAGCAGUCUGAGUGGCAUGCCUCAUGGCACGAGUCCAUUAGGCAGCCAUGAGCGGAGUUAUGCAGAAAGUACAGGAAAGCAUCAUGGCUGGAAGCAAAUUCUUAGUAAAGGUGCCUAUGGGGAUAGAGGAGACUACUCUCAACUGCCAACCAACACCAACCACCACUACUACAACAGUGAUUACCCAUGUAGGUACACUGGACCAGCCCCUACCACCCCGGCAGCAUUGCAGACUAUAAUAACCACAACCACAAAAGUAUCCUACCAGCCAUGCCCCAAGCCAUCUGUUGUAAAAUAUGGAGAGAAUAUCUAUGAUGUGAAAGGCCUGUCUAACUGUAAUUCAAUCUUGGAAGACGCCUCUUCCAACUCUUACUCAGACCUGAAGAUUCCAGAGGAUUCGGGAGUGAUCAAAUCUGCCCUCUCAUACCAGGACACACUCCCAGCUAAAACUGAGAGGUCUGAAAACUUUGAGGGCUAUCGCUACAGCAGUUACAGUUCAAACAGUUACCCUGAACGAAUGUCACAUCCUUUUAGGUAUGAUAGCGGAGAAUACUGAGGGACUGCUGAAAGACCAGACAGGGUAUAAAAAACAAAACAAACAAAGCAAAAAACAAACAAACAUAGAAACGUGUUGUUAUUUAUAUUCAGUAUUUUAGCUGUUUUAAUGUCUUUAGUUUUAAAGUGAUGGUAGAUUUGUGUGUAAUCUUUUGAUUCAUAUUGAUUAAAUAGACU